AUGCCUAGCUUCGAGGUGGGAGAGUCUAUCCCCCUUGAUACAGCCCAUGCUGUCAGUGUAUCCCUUCCUACUUGGCAAUCCAACAUUGGCUACGAAGAAGGUCAGGAAUGGGUUACCAGCCGCAUGGUGACGGGAUACCCUCGGUUGUACGUGAGGCUUACGCAUUGCGUCGCAAGGUUCUUCAUCCACAAAUCUAUACAGGCAUUUGCCGCCGAUAUUGCAGCACGUCAUGGUCUUGCAGGCCAGAAUGCCAUGCUUUUUCCGUCUGUACGGUCGGCCGGACGGUGUCUGGAAUUCAUCCGCGAACGUGCGCCGCCCGACAUCCUGUCGUUUCUCUCAGUCGUGAACCUGGCCCUGGACUCUUCCCGCAAAUUGUCCCUCAUGCUAUCGCAGCUGGCACCGACCAUCUCAGCUGUCAUCUACCCCGAGAGCUGCCAGCCGCUUGCUAAGCAGUACUGGCAGCACAGCGGAGACGGAGUCUCUAGCAGACGUGCCGAAUUCUGCCAUGACCUUUUCCGCGACGGCAUCUUGGUUGUCCGGCCCUGUUCGCCAGAGACGUCCCCAGGGACUACAUCGAGGCCUUUCAGGGGCCCCAAGCGCUACCAAAGGGGCGGAUCGAUUGACGGAACCACCUCUACACCGAAGCCCAGCACCCCAGCGUCCCCGCCCGGUAAGCCAACUGUGGUUGACGAGUCCCGGGAGAGCAAGCAGUUCCUUGAGGAGCGAUUCGGCAGGAACCUGGAUCUUUCUCUUGCUUCGAGGGCCAAGUCAGCAAUCCGCAGGCGCAUCGCUGGUACCAUUGUGAGCGACGUCGACUCGGAUGAUGACCAUAAGGCCGCGGACAUGGCUACCAACACGCGCGGCUUCAGCAACCUCCGCGAAGAUGACGUCUACCUCUUCCCCACGGGAAUGAAUGCCAUAUUUAACUCUCACAGGGUCCUUCUAGCGGCCAGAGGGGCCAAGAAGAGCAUCAACUUCGGUUUCCCCUACGUGGACACGCUCAAAAUCCUCCAGAAGUUUGGACCGGGCUGUCUAUUCCUCGGUGGUGGAGAAGACGAAGACCUGGACGAGCUGGAGAAGACGUUGAAGGGUGGCGAGCGGUUCCUCGCUCUGUUCUGCGAGUUCCCCGGGAACCCGCUUCUCAAGUGUCCCAACCUGCAGCGGAUUCGAAAGCUCGCCGAUGAAUUCGACUUUGCCGUCGUUGUCGACGAGACAAUCGGCACCUUUGCCAACAUCAAUGUCCUCCCCGUCGCCGACAUUGUCGUAAGCAGCCUGACCAAAAUCUUCUCGGGAGACUCCAACGUCAUGGGGGGCAGCGCCAUCCUGAACCCCAACAGUCGAUACUACGACUCUCUGAAGAGGUUCAUGGCUACCGAGGUCGAAGACACGUACUGGCCCGAGGAUGCCAUUGUCCUGGAGCGUAACAGCCGUGACUUCAAGUCGCGCGUCGACCGCGUCAACGCCAACGCAGAAGCCAUAUGCGACAUUCUCCGCACCCACCCCCUCGUCAAAUCGCUCUUCUAUCCCAAGUACAACCCCUCACGUCCCAUAUAUGACUCCUUCCGCGUACCCGGCGCGGGCUACGGUGGUCUCAUCUCCGUCGUCUUCCACGAACCCGAGCGUGCUCCCGCAUUCUACGAUGCCCUCGAUGUAGCCAAGGGUCCCAGUCUAGGGACAAACUUCACCCUGGGCUCCCCGUAUGUUAUCCUGGCACACUACUGCGAACUUGAGUGGGCGGCCAGUUUCGGUGUAGAGUCUUCAUUGGUUCGCCUGAGUGUCGGCCUCGAGGAGACUUCCGGACUACAAAGUGUCUUCUGGACGGCUCUCAAGGCCGCUGAGAAUGCAAAGCCAGUAAACGGCCAAGGCUCUACUACUGCUCAGUAG